UAUUUCCCAUUUUCUUCUCUACCUAGUAUUCUCUCAAACAUGUCUACAUUUGACAAAUCUAAACUGAUUAGCAUUUCCAAAACAGUGCUGAUAUGUGGUUUAGUCCUAUACUUAGGCUUUAUUAUCUUUUACAGUGACUCUAAUUGUCCAUCUUCUGAGCUUCUCUCUUCUUUCAGAUUGAAAUGGGCACCUUUUAAUUCUCAAUCAAAUGUUGCACAAACCAACAGUGCCACAAAUAUUAGCCACCUCCUUUUUGGUCUUUUGGGUUCUGAAAAAGCAUGGCACCAUAGAAAAUCAUACAUUGAAUCAUGGUGGAGACCAAAUGUUACAGAAGGAUAUCUUUUACUAGAUGUUCCUCCAAAAGGUGAUCUUCUCCCAUGGUCCUCAAAUUCACCUCCUUAUAAAAUAUCCGAUGAUGUUCCAAAACUUGUUGAUGAAACCAAACAUGUCGAUGCAACCGUUUUAAGGUUGGUUCAUGGGAUAAUGGAGGUGUUUAGAGAGGAACAUGAAGAUGUAAGAUGGUUAAUUAUGGGGGACGAUGAUUCGAUAUUUUUCUUGGAUAAUAUGGUUGAUAUUCUUGCACAAUAUGAUCAUAAGAAGUACUAUUAUUUUGGAGGACAUUCGGAAUUUAUAUUGUCGAAUUAUUGGUACUCAUUUAAUCAAGGUUUUGGUGGAGCUGGAUUCAUGUUGAGUUAUCCUUUGGCUAAAGCAUUGGCAAAAGAUAUGGUUAAUUGCCUAAAGAGAUAUAAUUAUUUGAAUGCUGCUGAUAAAACUACAAUGACUUGCAUAGCUGACAUUGGUGUCAAUCUUUCUCCUCUUCAAGGUAUUCAUCAGAUUGAUCUACGCGGUGAUUUAUCAGGAUUUCUAUCAUCCCAUCCAAAAUCUCUACUAAUGUCACUUCACCAUUUUGACAUGGUUGAACCAAUUUUUCCCUCUAUGGAUCGUGGACAAUCAAUAUUCCACCUCCAAAAUGCUGCACAAUAUGAUCAAUCACGAAUGUUACAACAAACCAUAUGCCACCACAGGUCUAACGGUUGGACAUUUUCAGUUUCUUGGGGAUACUCAGCUCAUAUUUAUGAGAAAAUUAUGCCUAGAAGUUGGAUACAAAAUCCUAUUGAAACAUUUAAAACAUGGCAAAAAAGUCCUAAUCCACCACAUUAUAUGUUUGAUGUUAGAAUUCCUUCGUGGGAUCCAUGUGAAGCUCCUCAUGUAUUUUUCUUCAAGUCCAUUGAGAAAACACCAAGAAAUGAAAUUCUUACAACAUAUACUAGAGCAUGGCCUCGAGGAAUAGGAGCUUGUUUGUCUGCUGGAAAUCAUUCUGCCGAAUAUGUUUCUGAAAUUGAUGUUUAUUCACCAGCAAUAAAACGUAUCCAGAUUGAUAGAUGUGAAUGUUGUGACAUUAUUCAUGAGGCUGGAUCCAACAAGGCUGAGGUCAAGUAUAGGGAGUGCAAGGCAGAUGAGAUAAUAGCUUGAUCGAUCCAUAGCGAACUCUAGAAGCAAUUAUGUUGAUUUUAUUUUUCUCAUUUUUACCAGAAUUUUCCAAUAUCUUGAAUGGCUCAAAUUAUUACAUAUCUGGAUAUAUUUUCACAGGAAAGUUGGUUUUU